UGGUGCUUUUCGCUUGAGUUCUGAAGACUGACCAGAGAAAAGCUUUGAUGAGAUCGAGGCACCAGCUUCAACUUCGAAGGCUACCGUCGCGGACGUCAGAAAAGCCCUGACUGAUGAGGGCGUCACAUUAUCUGGAGGUUCCGCUAAGCGCGGUCUCGAUGGCCUACUGGACGCACUUGAAACAAGAGUUGUUGCCUCUGGGAAGAAGAGGCAUGGCUUGGAUUAUCACGUCCGUAACCGCGUUGUCCGUCAUUGAGUCAGCGGGUGUGUGCGACGCGAGCAUAGCUUCUGGGCAGUAGGUAGCUUCAUGUACAUAGAUCAAAGUCAAUGUACACCACUUCCUU